AUGACAUGGUCUCAUACUCGUAUAAAAAUACCAAGAAAUCGUGAAGCCGGAGAUAUACUUCUCUGGAAUGACUACUUUUCUGACAACCCCACCUACCCAGCUAACAUAUUUCGUAGGAGAUUCAGAAUGCGGCGAGAAUUGUUCAACCGAAUAUUGGCAGAUGUGGUGUCUAGAAAUCCUUAUUUUGCUCAAAAAAGAGAUGCUUGUGGCAUUCUUGGAUUAUCCCCUCAUCAGAAAGUAACUGCAGCAAUCCGAAUGUUAGCUUAUGGAUGUGCAGCAGAUGCAAUAGAUGAGUAUUUACGCAUUGGAGAAACCACCGUUUUAGAAGCAACCCGUCGGUUUUGCAAGACGAUUGUGGUAUUAUAUGGGAAAGAAUAUUUACGCUCACCAACUGCGGAUGUCCGUCAGCAGAAUCAGGAGUAUACACCGCAUAAAGGGAGUGAAAGUAUUGUGCUAGAGGCAGUGGUGUCACAUGAUCUCUGGUUUUGGCAUGCGUUUUUUGGUAUGCCCGGCUCCUGCAAUGAUAUUAAUGUAAUGAAUCGUUCUUAUAUUUUUCGAAAACUUAUCAACGGGAAAACACCACCGGUGAACUUUGAAGUAAACGGGCAUGCAUAUGAUAUGGGAUAUUAUCUCGGUGAUGGCAUUUAUCCACAGAUUGCUACUAUUGUGAUGGCCAUUAAACAACCAGAUACACCGAAAAAAUAUAAAUUUUCAUCGAUGCAAGAGGGAGCACGGAAAGAUGUAGAGCGUGGAUUUGGUGUACUGCAACAACAAUUUGCCAUUUCAAACAACCUGCACGAAUGUGGAACCCGGAUGUGCUUGCCUAUAUAA